AUGCUCGGUGCAACGAUUAUCAACCUGAAAUAUUUCUUUUAUCCGAUUGGUAAUACACCAGCUACCAAUGUUUUCGCUUGCCGAGUCCUGCCAUUACAAUGUGAGCAAAAAGAGGAGGAACGUGUUAAAAUCCUGCUAUUGGCAUGUGGAGAUCCUAGAAACCUACUUUUCACUCUGUGGUGCAAGUCCAAUCAUGAUGCGCAAAUUCAAUGGGAGUUUACUUGCUGUGAUGUUGAGGCUGCGAUCAUAGCACGAAACGUCAUCCUCUUCUCUCUGAUCGCUGAUAAUGCAUCGGAAGCGGCGAUAUGGAAUAUCUUUUACCAUUUCUAUGUAACAAAUGCCGACAUAGCCCUGAUAAAGAGCCAGGCAAGUAAACUGCUAGUCUGUUCUGAAACACCCGAGACAUGGUUCUCCUCAAAAUAUGGCGCCUUCAUCAGCUUCAUGAGUGAAGAUACGCUCUGUCGCCUUCGUCAAUUUUGGCACCAAUACUCUGAAAUGGCAAAUUUGAGUGCUCGUCAAAGAAAUUCCUUCGAGGAGAAAACAAGAGAGGCUAUCAAAUCCACAUAUAUGAAAAAUAUAGGGGACAAUGUCCUUACUACCCACGGCCUUCGCUCAGCGGCAGUGCAUUGGGCCCGUGCGAUGCCUGUGCUUUCUUCUUGCUUCCAAAAAUUCUGGGAGACCGGCGUUGUUGCUGGUAAUACGAUAGAUGUACAAAACCUUGAAGUGGAUGGGCGCGGGCGUGUGAACCCUUUAUUUGCCCUCUCGUCUGCACCAAAUGGGAAAUUUGCUGUCCAUUAUGGCACCGACCCACUUCUUGGAUUUCACCUCGCUAGUGCAUUCGACGAUGAAACUUGCUCCGAGUGGGAUUUAAAAAAUAAGAUUGUCGGUCUUGCAAAAACUCAAUUUUUGGAGUGGUGCACCACUUUCAAAGAGCAGGUACAUGCUAAUACUCUUUUCAUCAGAGUCUUUUGCGGAGAGGCUCUGCGCUUUUGUCAUGCGUUGCAAGCGGUCCAUACUUCGACAUAUCAAAUUCCCAAAAUCACGAGGGCAUACACGUAUCCGUGGGAUUCCACAGAGCUAGUUCUUCAGACCGUAGAUCCGCCCGGCGACAGCAGUUUAUACGACAUUAUUGACACUUCUAAUCUCGUAGAUCAUGUUGGGAUGCUCAAUGUUUUACCUGCAGUUAUACCACUCUUAGCCCAUCGAAUAACCUCGGUUUUAUACACAAAUGGCAUGUUACGGGCGGCAGAAGAUACAACGACAACACUCUCUACUCUAUUAUGCUCAGACGUCGCUACGACGUCUUUACUAUUUGGACUUACACCUACCGCACAACUCUUCCCAUACACGGUUGAUGCGGUGGGAAUUGAGGCAGCGGUCGAUCUCAUCAUUCCCAAGAAAGUUGGUCGGCAGAGUCAAUACUAUGUGAGUAUUGCAUGGAGGAUACCCAACUUCGGUGACUGUUUCCAGGUGCAGGAUGGCUUAUCUCCGUGUCACCAACUUGCAUAUAAACCUGAACAGCUUGCUGAGUACUUUUAUAAGCUAUAUUUAGCAAUGUUCAGCUGUGAAGACAUGAGUCUUAUGAUGGAUUCCCUGAUGCGCCAGGUGGAGUCACCACUAUCGGUAGAUCUUCGACAUUACAAUCGCAUGACGUUUGUUGGUCUCCUCUCUUUGGCCAAGAAUCAUGUCUAUACCGACUGGUCACCCUUCAUAAAGUACCUCCUGGACAUGAUACAAGCCGACACAAGACUUCUUGUCGGAAGUAACAGCCUCCAAGAGCUUUAUGUAUUGCUCCACCUGUUGGGCCUAUUCACGAGUGAUGUCCUUCGACAACCGCCUCGCAGUAUCGGUAGAACCCCAUACGGACAGCCUAGACCGCGCGUUGCUGAUAGUGGGCUCUUGGGGCGUGAAGAGCUUCCGCCAGUUGUAUAUGUGGCUUUGAUAGUUCCACGCCACAAACUCGAGGUCUUCACGAAAGAGAGCGACCCACGGGGUACGCCAGGUCUUCAUGUCAGCAUCUCAAACAUUGAACAAGGCUUUGACAAUAGCUUUUAUGCAAUACAAUGCUUCUUCGGACAGCUGAGGACACGGAAUAAUGAUCAUGCUAUCUGUGAUGUUAUUUCCGACGAUCUUAGAUGGCAGGGGAUCGCGGAUCUAAUCGUGACCUGUGCAGUUCCUACAUGGUCUUUACUCCUAGGACCGAAAGCAGGUAUCCGUGUCGCCUUGGCAGUCUCAACAACUCCAUCCACAUCUCACUAUAUACCUCAUCUAGGAUUACGUCUGAGUGUGUACGAAUGCGGAUUAGACAGCUACAAUCUGCGGAUUUUGAGUGGACCUCCUGGAGUCACAUGUUGGCCACAGAGCACGCAUGCUACAAUAGAGCAGACUAUAUCCUCUCAGCGGGAAGCUUGCAUAGUGCAUCUGGACAAGGACUCACGCGUCCACACCUUGCAGGUCCGGAAAACUUCGGAUGCCGCCGUGACAUGUGGCACAAGUUUCGAGGCGACGCAAAUUUCGCCAUGCACCAUGACUGUGAAAAUUCAGAACUUCGACGACUUACAAAUGCAUUACCCAUUUCCUGUAGAUGGGGAACAACAGAAGACCAGUAUUAAAUCUGGGGUUGUUGAAAUGACGGUUCCGAUUGCUUCCGCGCUCUCUCGUGGUGGAUACAACCACAAUCUAUUCCCCAUAUAUAUGUGCAGGCAACAGCUGAAUCCGCUUCUCAUUUCCAAUUUGAAUCUCGAUAGACAGCCAGAAAUCUGCGCUGCGGGAAAGCUUGAUUGGCUGACGCAAUUCAUGGGCUGGACGCUGAGCGGGAAAGAACGGGCAUCAUAUGAAAAAAAGUCAGCUGAGACUUGCGAUGUGUUGCUUCAGCUCAAGUCCUCAAUAAAUAAUUUAUUGCAAAGCUUUAUGGGACUUAACCCGCAUGGUCAAACGCGAGUGUUUCAACUUACCUGCAAGCAUAAGAGAGACAGCUCCGAUACCUUGAUCUUCGCCUCAGCGUUACGCCAUAAUAUCCCACAGAGAUCGAUCCUGCUUGAUGCCUUUGUAGUCCCUUUGACAAAGGAGAGGGUUUCUAAAGUGGCGGAAGCCUUAAAAUCUCUUGCUACGGCGGGCGAGAUACUUAGCGUUAUAAUCAAGUCCCGUGAAGAAGAAAUACUGUGGAAGAAGCUACUUCCUGUUCAAGUGGAAUGCUGUCGACAGGUUUGGCAUCAUGGAGAAGGCUGCGAAUAUCGUUCGCAAGGCCGAAUACCAUUGUCUACAGAGCAUAGUGUCUUACCAAUCUGUGUGUGCGGCGAAAAUCAUGAUAUCGACAGGUUUCCCCGUAUUCGGAAUUGGGAGAUUUUUGCCAAGUACGCGACGCGCAUUGCGAUUAUGCCACUUUCAGCAAUACCGUAUAUGGAAUCCUUCAUAACUAACGAGCAGAAGCGACAACUUCAAUCCCAGCUGCGGGGACCCGCUAGUGAGAAGUGUGAUAACUGUGGAAAACAUGACGUACGACCCAAGAAAUGUUUACGGUGCGGAAUUGUAAGUUACUGCAACCGCGAUUGCCAAAAGGCCGCAUGGAAAAAACAUAAAAAGGACUGUAAAAAAGGAAGAACUGGGAUUUUAUAAGGAACACUUAUGUCGGCCAAAUCAUCAACCUUGGGUUUAGCAUUUUAGUGCCCAUAAUACCAUAUUUCAAUAUUGAGAAUC